UCCUCGUAUGCGCGUAUUUGCUCGUAUGCGCGCUCCACUUUCGGUAUUGCUCGGCUUUUCGACCAGUAUAGAACAAAUGUGACAAGAGGCAGUUUACGAAAUGUAUACAACUGUAUAGGCGCUUGGCCAGGACGUGUCGCUAGCAGCUGCUGUUAGUCUUCUUGCCCCAGGAACAAGAAUGUACUUCUGUGACUUGUGUGAGGUCGUGAAACCACAGAUGUGGACAGUAUGGACAGCACCUGUCUUGUUUUUUGUUGUUAUCACAGGUGUAAACAUUUCUCCCUGUGAUGACAACGGUAUGAGAGAAGUACUAGUUGACCAAGACACUGUCUUCACUUGCACGGCUGAGGGACAAGUCGAGUGGAGAUUUGAAUACAGUUUAUACAGUCAAACCGUUUUGUUAGCAAAAUGUGAAAGUACUUGCGAAGAGCUAAAUAGUUUCAACAAUCUGUUUAAAGCCAGUAUAUUAGAAGCUCGCCAUUCAAGUUCUAUGACCAUCAGAGCUCGUAAACAUCGGAGCAUCGUCCAUUUGACGAACGGCAGUCUUCUGUGUUAUCGUAUGAAUGGCUCAGUGCAAGUGGCAUCAGCUCGCUGUACACUCCACUAUGUGUAUCCACCAGAGGACGUGUCAUGUACGGCAGUUACUACGUCCUGGGCCGUGACUGUGUCCUGCUACGUCGCCAGUGUCUACUCCUCACGUAGACUGUACACGUGUCAGCUUUACAGGCUAAACCAGGCAUCACAAAACAAAAGCUUGGAAACAGUCGCAAUGCUGACCUCACCAACCAGCGAGUAUAUAGGAGAGAAAGAAGUGAAGGUUUCAGGUGUUUGUCAGUUCAUCACCACACUGCCAACAGAGGAAGGACACUACUCUUUCCGUGUCUCUGUUUCGCCAGGUGGACGGACGUACUAUGCAAACUUUCCAGAUAAAUACAACUGGACUACAACUGAACGCCCUUCUUUACCCAGGGUGUCUUGUGGUCCACAACAAUACUUGUUAGAGACUACAAGCGCCACCUGUACCUGUAAAACCUCUUCUCUGGGCCAUCCUGCAGGUUACUUGAUAUGGAUCAUAGGUGAUCAGAGAUACAUGGAGACAACAGCCUCUGAAGGCCAACAAAAUCUCGCAUCACACGAACUACAUCAUACGCAUUUCUUCACUCAAGCAGACCAUGGAAGAACCUGGUUCAGAUGUGAUGUGGUCUGGGGACUGGAGAAGAUACAUGGAGAAAACUGCAUUGUGAAUGUGGGAUACGCUGCCAGACCAGCACAGUUUGUACUCAACGGCAACAAGCAAAAUCAAACAGUGAAUAAAGGACAACAAGUAAACAUUUUGUGUAAAUCUGACGGUCGGCCCACACCACACAUCUCCAUCUAUAGCAAUGACAACAACUCUGUUAUCGUUAAAGGCUUGUCUAUUAUCAACUACACCCUCAUCGCUCGCUGUGAGGACACGGCCACCUACACGUGCUCCGCGUGGAACGAGUUUUCACGUCAGUCAGGCGUGACCUCCUCCGUCAGUCUUGACCUCAACGUCCGGUGCAAGCCUCGAAGUCACUCGUCUACACGACUUGGAUUUCACAUGAUGAACCACCAAACGGAAAUGAACUUUGACAUAAUAGCUUACCCCGUACCACACGAGUAUCACGUGUGGUUGAUAAAAUCACCAAUAAACAACAGUGAAGAUGCCCACAUUGAAGGUAAAGACACCAUGGUAAACAUCACCUGUCAGUCUGGUGUAUUUCGCCGUUACCUGUCCACAUGCUCUCUGAGAGUCGUCAACAUCAAUUCCCUGACAACAGGCUCCUACAAGGUGCAGGUCAUUAACGAGGCUGGUGACGAGAACUUCACUGUCACAAUAGACUUCAAUGUCGCCAAAGACCUGGAAUCAUAUUACCCGGCCGUUACUAGUGUGUGUGUCGUCGUGUUUAUCUUCACGAUUGCUGCUAUCAUUGUCUUACUUAAGAAAAAGAAGGAAAGCAAAGGUAAGCUAUAGAUAGCCUCUUCUAAUUAAAGGAAAGUGUUACCGAAUUAUUUACUCAGAUAAAUGUAAAUGUCAUGCUUAUUUUUCUAUUAUAAUUUUAUAUUCUAUAUUUUAAAGCUUUUUAUUAGCCUCCCACUGUAUAACCUUCUGAUAAAGCUUAACAGGAUGAUGUCCACUUAACAUUAACCAUAUCCGAGAAUAUCUUAUAAGACUUUUUUGGUUAUGGCUUUAUUAUUUGUCACAAUCUGCCAAGUUUUGUUGCUAGUCUGCGCAAAACUGAGAAGCGAGUAAUAAAAAUUAAUGGCGAUCGCUUUAAAUAUCCGGAACAUAGACUUUAAUCAACCAGGCGUGUAAAGACUCCAGACAGUCGUGUUGGGGUUCAAACUUCUUGCUGGUGAUAGAAGGGAAGCAUCAUUCACUUGUACAGAGCAAUAUUUGCCAUGAUGUCCAAAGGAAGUUCUUAUCCCCCAGAACUGCUUUGACAUACUAGCUUCCCAGACCUAACCCUUACAAUAAUACUCAGGAUUCACAUCUUCAAAGCAGAGAUAGCCUCCGACGCUUCACAGCCGAAUCCCUGUCAGACAAGACAAAAAAGAAGGGAAACCCUCGUCCCUCCAUAACGAUGACACAAAUGUGCCAAAGCAGGUAAGAGUAAAUUUAGUUUUGUAUGUUAUCGUGCUGGAAAAGACAAGGAUACAGGAUCAGUAAAUCUUAUGAGAUGAUGUUUGAACGUCGUUUGCCUCUUUUUUUGGUUGCAUCAUUCAUUUAUUCGUUUCUUUCUUUCCUUUUAUGAAACGCGAGUGAAUGUGUUGUAAAGAAAAUAUUAAGGUCGUGUAAAAAAUGACGGCUUUGUUGCUUUUUCUCUGAUACUUUCAUUGCAUAGAACUGGUGGACAUUCCAUGUGUGGACUGCACAGCCACAGAGUAGUUUACAUAUUUUAGAAAGGUUUUUAUAGUCUUAACCACCUCCUUGUUAAUAUUGUGACUAUAAUUAUCAUUCUUUGAUACUUUGUUGACCAACUUUAAACUGAUUUCUCUGCGUGCAGGUCGAAGGAAAGAGAACAGUUUAGUCAGUGAGAACACAAGAUGACGAGGCUAAAAGUGGAUGUCCGCAGUCCAGUCUCACCUUUCCAUAUUCUUGUUGAGGGCAGAUGGUUCAGCUUGGCCGGACUUCUUUCCCAUCUUUGACUGUCAGUGAUAUCGCCCACCGCCCACGCACGUGAAGACAGAAUACAGCACGAUUUGCCUGAUGGGAACACAUUUGUGAUCAUGCAUCUGUUUGUGUGUGUGUGUGUGUUCCUGCAUGUCAUAGCGCCAUUAACUAGUAAGAGUACAGUUCAUAAGAGACUUUCUGAGUGUCAUUAACCAGUUAUAAAAUUAAGCAUGAGGUGCUACUUCAGGGAAAUGAUCAUUCAAGGAAAUCACUAGCAUGUAAGAUUUAUAUGCAGAUCAGGUUUUAAAAAAACAUGUUUUCUAUUUAGUCAUUCAACAUAAUUGCUAUUAUGCAUUUUAGCAAAUUUUCAGUCGGACCCACAUGACAGACAUUAUUUAGAAGCAUGUCAGUCAGUGUGGAAGUGUGAGCUGUGACAUUUUAGAAUACUUGAUUGCUACAGAACAGGCACUGAAUGUUAAAGCUUUCGAUCCAGUUCAUCACAAAACCUCUUUAGAAUGGCUUAACCCAACUUUAGUCGGCUUUUCAUUUGUCAGGUCAGGCUCGAAAGUAGUGAAUAUGUACAGUGAAUUUUCAAACCGUGCUAAAGUCACAUGCUGGAUUAAUCUUCAGGUUCUUCCUUAAGAUUAUUUAAAGCUGAUGAGUUGUGCUCAUGGUGUCUGGUAUUUAUCUGCUCCAUCGUGAAAUAGGAUUGGAAUCUAAUUAUUCUCUUCUUGUUAACAGUCAAACAGAGAGAAGCUUUACAUACCACUUAAUCACAGAAAUCAUAUACUUUUAGAGUUAUCAAUGAUAACAAUAAAAGCAUGUUGUCAAGUAUCGUA